CGUUGAUAGCACGUACUCGUGGUUUGUUUAUUUCGACUCGGAUUUCACAAUCGCUACCCAUUGCUUAGUGGUACAUGCACGAAUGAGGUGACGCGUGUCCGGGGCCUUCGCUGCGCCUCAGUCAGAGGAUCCUUCUUGAUUUCUUUUUGGCGUUCUACUGUUUUUCCUUCCAUAAUUUCCGUCACUUCCAACACCAACGGUUGUAACACACAAGUUUCAACAUGCCCAAAUAUCCCACUGACAAACGUCGUUAUUACGACGAAAUGAGUGACGGACGAGCAAUGAGCAGGAGCCACUCUCGUGGCAGGCCGCAGGAUCGAGACCGAGACAGGGAUCGUGAUCAUGGAGAUGAUAGAUCACGUUCAAGCUCUCAGCAACCAUACCAAAGUAGUAGGCGCCCAGGGCAACCACCUCCUCAAGCUAGUUCUUCAUACGCAAGACCAUCAACUUCUUCUGGGCCACCUAGAGAAUCUUAUUCCGGGAGGAGAGAGGUGAGAUAUACAGAAAGAGCUCCAUCAACCUUUUCUGAUGCCGAAUCAGAAGCUGCAUCGGUUGCAGGCUCUACUGGAGAGAGUGCAGCAAUGGGUCGAGGUGGUAUGAGAGGAAGAAGAAUACUGCCUGUAGACAUUAUUACACGGCCAAAAGAACUUGUUACCAAACAUGGUGGUCAUGGGGACCCUAUUGAACUAACGGCUAACUAUUUCAAGCUUGUGAGUGCUCCUGAUUGGUGUUUGUACCAGUACAGAGUUGAUUUUGAACCAGAAGAAGACAGAAAAGUUGUUUGUAAAGCAUUAUUGAGACAACAUAAAGAAACUUUAGGAGCUUACAUAUUUGAUGGCACUGUUUUGUACACAACCAAUGAAUACCCAGAGCCACUUGAAUUGUCAUCGGAGAGGCAAUCUGAUCAGCAAAUGGUUCUCAUCAAGUUGAGGAAAGUCGGUGACAUGACAAGAGGAGAUCACCACUACAUUCAGUUUUUCAACAUUAUUAUGAGGAAAUGUCUUGACUAUCUGCAGUUGCAGUUGGUUGGCCGCAAUUAUUUUGACGCCAAAAAUAAGGCAGAAGUUAAGCAAUACAAGUUAGAGUUAUGGCCUGGAUACAUAACUUCUAUCCGCCAACAUGAACAUGAUAUUUUGAUGUGUGCAGAGAUCACACAUAAAGUUAUGAGAAACGAAACACUUCUUGAUAUUUUAUCUGAAUGUUACGAACAUAAUCCUCAUGAGUACAAGAGAGAAUUCUCUCAUCAAGUAUUGGGUGUUGUGGUUUUGACAGACUAUAACAAUAAUACGUACAGAGUAGACGAUAUAGAUUAUGAAGUGUCACCUUCAUCAACUUUUAAAAAAAAAGAUGGCACCGAUAUUACCUAUCGUGAUUAUUACCAAGAGAAAUAUGGCAUCAGAAUUGGAGACAUGAGUCAACCCUUGCUUGUAUCGAAAUCUAAGCCCCGUGAUCGCCGUGCAGGAAAAGCUGAAACUGUUUAUUUGAUUCCAGAACUUUGCCGCAGUACAGGUUUAACUGAUGUCAUGAGGAACAAUUUUCAACUUAUGAAAGCUUUGGCACAAUAUACGCGAGUCUCACCAGCUGAUAGGAUUGAUAAAUUAAAAAAUUUCAAUGACCGCUUGUACUCUGUAAAACAAGUAGUAGAAGAAUUUAAGAGUUGGAACCUUGAAUUGGAAAAAACAUUGAUCAAAGUACCUGCUCGAGUAAUGCCAUGUGACAGAAUUAACUAUGGUAAUGGUAUUUCUACCAAUGUUCCAUAUGAUGCUAACUGGACUAAAGAUUUACGUGAUAAGCACUUGGUUAAAUGUGGACGAUUAGAUGAGUGGUUUCUUUUGGUACCCACGAAAUUCCGAGGUGAUUGCCAAUCAUUUGUACAUACUUUAACAAGGGUAGCACAAAAAAUGAACUUUACCAUUGAAGAACCAUAUGUGAUUGAUAUGAGGGAUGAUAAUCCUGCUACAUAUGCAAAUAUGUUGGAGCAAGUGAAGAGCCAAAAUAAUCCAAUGUUGAUAUUCUGUGUAGCAUCUAACAAUCGAGGAGAUAGAUAUUCAGCUAUUAAAAAAAAAUGUUGCGUUGACAGACCAGUCCCAACACAAGUAGUUCUUGCUAAGAGCUUAAAACCUGGCAAAUCCCAGAUGUCAAUCGCAACAAAGGUUGCAAUACAAAUGAACUGCAAGAUUGGAGGAAUUCCAUGGUCUGUUAGUAUCCCUUUACAAGGCUUGAUGGUGGUUGGCUUUGAUGUUUGUCAUGAUACAAACAUGAAGGGAAAAGAUUUUGGUGCUAUGGUGGCCUCUUUAGAUGUGAAUUUCGGACGUUAUUAUAGUGCUGUAAGUAGUCACAGCAGUGGUGAAGAAUUGUCAAGUGAUCUUUCCGUAAACUUAUGCAAAGCAUUGGAGCAAUUUAAGUACUACAACAGUUCUUUACCAAAAAGAAUUGUUAUAUAUAGAGAUGGAGUAGGAGAAGGACAAAUACCUUUUGUAGUAGAUCAUGAAGUCAAAGAAAUAAAAGCGAAACUGCAGCAGAAGUAUGAAAAUCCAAAUGAUAUCAAACUGGCAUACAUUAUUGUGACUAAAAAGAUCAAUACAAGAUUUAUUGCUACAGUGAUCAAUCAAGUGUUAACACUCGGCCUUUUAUUUUGUUAUUAUGAUUGUUUGACAUCCUCAUCAACUCGUUACUUUAUCAAGAUGAUUGAAGCGCCUGCUUGGAAUUUGAAAAAAGAUGAAACAAUUUACAAAGCUGCUGGAGCUGCACAUUUAAGAAAGUAUGGCCAAUUUUUUGACAAAUUAGCCAGUCAGUGCUGCCAGAACUCUACAGAUUUAGAGCAUAUAAUUGAAGGACCCCUCAGAUUGACAUAUGAGGUCAACGAAGAUAUCAGUUUAUUAUCUUUGGCAGAAACUGAAAGUAAAUUUUUUUCAAAAUUACUGGCAAGCAUUGGUGGUACAUGUAGAGAAAUCAGGUUGUUGAAGGCAGAAGCCAAUGAACAUUAUAGCAAGCUGUUUCAUCAUGAGGAGCAAUGUGCAGAACAAGCAGACUACAAAAUUGAAAGCUUACUCUCUGAUUUGCAAGAUUUGUCCAUGUAUACCAAUAGAAUAUCUACAGUAAUUCACUUGACUGUGAAGCAGAUAUCAAAUUUGGCCAGUAAUAAGCACAGAGAAAUCUAUCUACCAUUAUUGAUAGAACACCUGAUGGAUUUGUUUAUCAUUCUCGUCACACUGGACGAAGUGAUAAGCGGUCAAACGGCUCUGAUAGAGCGUUGGAAAGUUUAUAGGGUGAAGGUGAGGUCGGUGGUACACAAUGCGUCGCAGCUAAAUAUGGGAGAAGAGAGGAUAGUCGUUUACGAGAAAUUGCUGAAAGAUCUACACGCCCAGCUGCUAUCGAAGUGUCUAUUUUCGAAGGCUGUCGAGCACGCGAUGGACAUCGGGAAACCGUCGACGAUGUGCGACCAGAUGGUUUUCUUCCUGAAAAGUACACUGACGGACGUGGAGAGCAAGGUCGCGGACAGUGCCGCUGUGAAUCGCAGCUGGAUACUGGCGACGGUGGGCUUGGUGGUGGUAGCCAAGCUGUUCGGCACGUGCGAUAAGAAGCUAGCCAAGCGGCUGCUCGAGGUGAGCAGAAAACUAUACGCCGUGAACUUGGCGGGCGGCGUGAUGUGGUUGCCAGGCGACUUCCUGGCGGAGCAGCUGCCGCGCGAGGGCCUGGCCCCGCUGGGCACCGAGGUCGGCGAGAAGGUGCUGGCCGCGCGGCUGCAGCGUCUGCCGGCCCAGCUGAGCAGCUUGGCGCAGCGCACCAUGCUGUGGAGCGCGCAGAUGCAGCGACUACAGAUCAAGAGCGGCCUGGAGCUGUUCGCGGAGAUCGAGCGCAAGCGCGAGCUGCUGCUGGAGCUGCUGCGGCUGACGAGCCAGCUGCGCGAGGCCGCGGAGCUGCCGACCAAUCUGCACGCGUUGCUACUGCGGCCCAUGAGCCGCACCACCGUGCAUCAAGUCUGCCGGCUGGCGGAGCUGCAGCGCGCGCUGCAGACGCAGGCCCAGCGGCUGGCCAGCACGGUGGUGCUGUCGCAGGUGCAGGCGCUACAGCAGCUCACCUACCAGCUGCUGGCGCUGCUGGAGGGCGCGCGCGCCACGCUCGGCCAGCGCCCCGAGCGCGGCUACGCGCGCGAGCGCCUGGACGCGCUGGCGCUGCUGGGCGCGGCGGCGCGCCUGGCCCAGGGGCCCGCGAGCCGCGAGCGCCGGCUGCUGCUGCGCGUCGCGCUCGGCUGCGUCAGUCAGCUGGCCGACGGCUUCCGCGAGGGCGAGCUGGCGCGGCUGCGCCGCUGCCUGGACGCCUACGACGCGCUGGCCGAGCUGCAGCCGCGGCUGCGCGAGGCGCGCGACUACUCGGCGCUGCUGCUGCAGCAGCGCGCACUGCUGCCGGCCUACCUGGGGCUGGCGCGCGAGGCGGGCCGCUGCUCGGGCCACCUGGCGCGGCUGUCGGGCGCGCUGGGCGCGGCGCGGCCCGGCGCCGAGGCCGCGCGCGAGCAGCGCGAGCUCCUGCUGCGCCACCUGCUGGAGCCGGCCUGUCGCGAGCUGGAGACGGGCCUGCGCCUGCACGCGCACGCGCACCUGCGGCUCGCGGUCGGCGGCCCGUUCCGCGAGGGCGCGCGCGACGCGGCGCGCGCGCCGCGCUCCCCGGCGCUGCCGCUGGCCGGCGGUCGGCGGCUGCUUCGCCCGCGGCGCUUCGCCGAGCACUACCUGGACAGCACCUUCUACAACCUGAGCAGCGUGGCGCCGCACGACUGGCGCGCCUACCGCGGCAUGCAGGCGCUCGCGCGCCACCGGCUGCGGCUGCGCGCCGUGCCCAGCCUGCUGCCCAGCCAGAGCCUCGAGCAGGGCCUGGACGCGCUGGAGGUGAUGCGCGACAUCCAGCGCUUCGUGGCGCGCUACCUGUACGACCUGCGCGCGCAGACCUUCAUGGAGCGCGACAGCGCGGGCCGCCAGCUGCACACGCUGGGCGUGCGCCACCUGGCCAGCGGCAUCCGCACGCACGGCAGCGGCAUCAUGAGCACCAGCGUCAACUUCGUCUACCAGCUGCUGCGCGUCAAGCUGCACGCGCUCUCGCAGUUCCUUUUCGACGAGCACAUCAAGUCGCGGCUGGCGCGCGACCUGCGCUUCGUGCGCGCGCAGCGCGAGCACGGCGCGGCCGCGCCCUACCCCUACGAGCGCGCCGAGAAGUUCCAGCGCGGCAUCCGCCGACUCGGCGUCACGCCCGAGGGCCUCAGCUACCUGGACCGCUUCCGCCAGCUGCUCGCGCAGAUCGGAAACGCGCUGGGCUACGUGCGCCUCAUCCGCUCGGCGGGCCUGCACGCCUCGGCCAACGCGGUCUCCUUCUUGCCCGAGGUGCCCGCGGCGGCCGACGCGCCUGCCUUGCACGGGCUCUGCGCCCAGCUGAGUCUCAACGAGGGUGCACGGGCUGCGGCAGGCCGCCUCGACGCCGACAUCGCCCACCUCGUGCGCAACUUCACCGAGGGCAUCCACUACUUCGGCCUGCUCGUCGACGUGUUCGCCGGGGCGUUCCGCGACCCGGCGCGCGCGCACCACCUGCAACAGUUCUACGCCAUCGUGCCGCCACUCACGCUCAGCUUCGUCGACAACGCGCUGGCCAGCAAGGAGAAGCUCUUCAAGAAGAACAAGCAGGGCGCCGCCUUUACCGACGACGGCUUCGCCAUGGGCCUGGCCUAUGUCAACGCCCUGCUCGACCAGAGCCAGGAACUCGACUCGCUGCGCUGGUUCGACACGGUCAGCGAGCAUCUCGAGGCCGAAGCCAGCGCGGCUGCGCUCGAGGCCCGGCUGGACGACGAGAAGCUCCAGCAGACCAGGGCCCUCACGCUCGACCGACUCGAGCGCCGGCGCGCCGAGUUCCGGCUGCUCUAUUAUAGCCUUUCGGGGGCCCGCGUCUUCUUCAAGCAGCCCGACUCCUGAUCGGCUUCCCCCGCCGCUAUCGGCCCGUGCCAUUCCCCUGUCACUCCAGCCCGACCGAUCGCUUCGCAUUGUUGGUACGCAACCACGCGUGCGAAUACUUUGUAACACCUUUAUUCGGCUACUUGUCAUAGAAACCUUUGAAAAUAUUUGUACAAAAGAUUUAUUUGCUAUUAAACAAGAAGCUUUCGACAUUCAUCGUGUGUGUCGUAAUAGUUAUUAUUGCUAUCCUUUAAAAGGAAUCGACAGAUAACUAAAUCAUCGACGUGAAAUAAACAUGACAAUACGUACGAGGCUUCAUAUCGACCUUACACCCUUUUUUUAAUCAGUCAGUAACAGUUAUCGUGCUCUAUGACGUACGGCAAUGCAUUAUUAUGCGCUCACUUGAUUUUCGCUUAUCUAUAUAAAUAUACAUAUAUAAUGUAAAUAUCACACUACAUUAACAAUAAUUAAGAAUUAUUCAAUAAUUAUCGUUCAUUAUGUCAUUGGCUAGACUCGUUGACUAGUAGAGCUCUGUACAUCUAUGUUGCAGUUUUAGAUAUCCAAAUUCAAAUCUAACCCUCAUUUUUUUGCCUCAUCACAUCAAACAUGUAUAAUGUAAAAUUACAAAUCAAUAUAUCCAAACAAACAAUAUAAAAACAA